UAUCAGCUACCUAUCCAAAGGAUUGCUAUUUACACAUGUUAAUCCUCGGUGUAGUUAACAUGGUUGACGUGGAGAGCCUAACUAAACGUGUGCCGCUAGGCGUCCACCUGGCGCUAAGUGGAUCGCGGGGUAAACGCGCGGGUUGAGCUGUUAAUUAAGUAGACAGCUGGAUGUUCGUGAUAUCGAUCGCCCGGUCGACCAUGGAAGACAUGAUAACUGACAAGCGAGGGCUUUUCUAGGUGCCACUUGGCAUAGUUUACAAGCUGCACCUGGUAUGUCGUAAAUGGCCUGUAGGUGAUUGCGAUUAGGAAUCUACAAUACGUCUACAACGCAGUCCUCCCUCUUUUCUCACUCGUGCGGGUAGCAUCUUCUUCCAGCCCAGGCAUCACGGGGACAAUUUAGCAAGGUGUGUCAGUCGCCAACGCUACACAGGAAAAAAUGGCAAGUGCACGAGAAUAUCGUAGGCACUUGCCUUGUGUUGCGAUUCGGGUCAGUAGGUAGUUGGCAGGUACGCUGGUCUUCCGUGCAGAAAGCAUGGUGCUUGCCUGUUUCUUGUCUUGUCUUGUACAAUGGCAGGGUCGUCAAGUUUGCUGAAGUGAGAUUACCCGUCACUAUUCAUCUGCAACUGCAAUCUGUCAGGAAUAGAUAGCGACACUUAGACUCUCGUAGCAAGCGGUGCAGAUUAAGGGACCUCACUAGGUUACGAAAGAUCAGGUCUAGGUGCAAUCGAUUAUCAGAAUGGCUACCCCUUUCCCCUCUAUUCAGUCUUUCUACUCGAGGGAGGUGGCCUCGGGAGGCGCCGAUCGCUCUUCUAGUCCUAUCAAUCCCGGCGACGGCUUCACGCCUUCAGAGGUAGAAGCAGCCUUGAACCCACUCUCACGGCCCUUUCGACCUUCAAGGCACUACGAUGCUUGCCUCAUCGCAGAGCUCCAGACAGGAAUGCAUAACUACCGAAUUACCGGGAGGCUUGUCAAUUUCUCUUCUGCUGUGGGAUACUAUUUCCUUGUUUUAUCCGAUGGUACCGCUGCGAUGGCAAUCAAGAUGUACUACAGCUUUUCCGGAUACCAGCCACUCUUAGGCCAGCGCAUAACUGUGUGGGCUACCGCAAUCUCUGCUGGAAAUCAGGCCGAGAUAGGGCACAUUCCAUUUUGCUCCAUAGCUACCACGAUAUAUCCAGGCCGCAACGGCGCAACCCAUAUAGAAUUCCACGUAGAUGAGGCCGAUUCUGAAGAAGACCUCUCGCUACGCUCGCCGCUAGACAUCGGCACUAGGCCCGGUGACCAUCUUCCUGGUCUCAUGACACUGAAGUCGUUACUCUGUGGCGGCUAUGAGAUAGGAGCAGCAAAGGUUCUCGUCUGUGUGAGAAGCAUUGGGCCCCGACGGAGUGUGGCCUCGAGGAAGAGAGAAGCACAAUAUAAUUUGGUCGAAGUGGGCAUUUACGACGACACUGCAAGUAGCGUCUUGAAGCUCUGGCAGGAAAAGAUUCCCUCCGCGAAAUCAUGGGUACCUAACCAGACCAUUCUGCUCAUUUCCCAACCGUCUUGCAGCCUCAAUGAGGGCUCCAAUCGCCGUGCUGAGAUCGGCUUGGGAUACAGCUCUAUGGUUGAUGUUAAUCCUGAAUACUUAGAGGCUAAAUGGCUACGCCACAAGAUCCAGGAUAUGGCCAAGAAAGAGAGCGUCAUUGUCCCUUUCCCCGAUGAUACCUGGGACCUACAGCUAGCUAUGUAUGGUCCGAAUAUUACAUUAUAUACGCUUGCCGAACUUGAAGAUCAAGUACGAAACCAAGAUGUAUCGAGCAAAUUCAGUGGGAAGCUGAGUGUAAUUGUUUUCGAAAUGAAUUUAAUGGACAACUGGCGCAAAGCUACCACCUACUGUACUGAAUGUUGCGGGAUACCACUCUAUGCCAAUAAAAUGACAGCGGUUUGCAAGAAUUGUGAUUCUCAGCGAGACCUUUCGCUGAAUCCUCGCUUACUCGGCGCAUUGCUUGACGAAAGUGGGAUGAUUAGCGGAAAUAAGCUCGUAUGGAAAGACGACGCCUGGACUCAAUUCCUUUUUGGAGCACCGGCGCAACAGUGUGGAGGGAACAUUGUUGCACAAUCGUGGAAGGAUAUGUCUGUACUCGGCACAAAUGUGCUUAGAGACCUAGAAGCACAUCUACUAUACUCCCGUGCCACAUUAACAUUUGGGUGGACAUCUGAGCUGGGAAGACUUUGUAUUCUCGGCGUUGAGUGGUAAGCAAUAACCUAGUUGUCAAGAACCCAACGGAAAAUCAAUUUCGCCGAAAUAUGAUUUCCGGGAAAGGUCGAAACCGAUUACGCGAUCACGAAAUGCCCAAGAGGAAGAAGAUUUAACCACAGAACUCCAAUGGUAUGUAUUGUGUAUAUUUUCAUGAGCCGCUGUGGCGCUCUACAUUCAGCUUGCUGAACUGGUAUCUAUCUAAAUCAUCAUCGCAGCCUCCUGGCUACUAGCCUGACCUUCAUCAUUAAGUGUAUAAUAAAGAAACCACUUGCACCGCUCACGGGCCAGACUUUUUCAUGCCGUGUCAUGAGGUUAGAACAAAAGAAAUCA